AUGCCUGUAGUCGGGACGAGUUAUAUGAAUAGUACAGAAACGGCCGAUUUGGGAGAGAUGCACGAGGCUUCGAAAAAGCUGGGGCUCCCCGGUCCUCCUGAAGACGACAAUGACAAGUUCACAAUCAUUUUCGAUGACCCUGACGACACGGAUGGGAAAGCAAAAGCUGAUGAUAAGCUUGAUACUAUGGGAAGUGUUGACGAUGACACAAAUUGUUCUGAGCGCAUAAGCGGCGGGCGAAGCCGUGAGGCAUAUGAGAGCGAAUCUGCAAUCGUCUUUGAAAACCCAUCCGACAAAACCGAAGAGCUGGACUUCGAUUAUGAGACAGAUCAUGGCGACAAAAUAAUUAUAGAAUUUGGCUUCCAGGACACAUCCAAAACCAUCUUUAACGGUUGGUCCAUACCUACCGGCUUUCCGUUAGAGGAGACCAUGAAAACGAAUCCCCACUUUCAGCUGAAUCGUGCCGAGCUUACCACGAUGGAAAUCAACGGAUACCUGGAGAAAUACACAAUGGACAAAAUCAUGGGUGACAUGCGAUCUCUAAAGAGACGCGAUCACCAAAUCGUUCUCCGCAAUCUCCAUCUAGAAACCAUCAUCCGGAUCAUGAACCGUAUCGAUGAACGGGAAGAGAAGAGGAAUGAAGAUGACCAAAAGAUUUUCGCUCUUCAAGACCUCCUAUGGCGCCUACUGAAGGUGCAUCCUACUGCGGCAUGGCACGAUAGCAGCGAAAUACUUCGGGAGAAGCGCAAGGGAGUCAGGGCUUUUUGCAAGUAUGUCAACAGCGCGACUGGCUGCCCUAAGGGCUUCCAUUGUAGCUUCUCCCAUGCGCAUGAGGGUCUUGCGUGUUACAAUGACAUGCACGGACAGAAAUGA